AAAAAAAAGAGAGAGAGAGUGUGUGUGUGUGAAAGAGAGGGAGAGAGAGACAGGUGGCUCUUUUAUCCUGGCUGUCACGGUUCGGGAAGAAAAAGUAUCUGGUUCUCCUGUCAUUCCCAUGAAAAAACAUUUUCUUUCCUUCUCUCUUCCUUGGAAACGAAGUAUUUUUUAAACAAAAAAGCAAAAGGGGGAGAAUCCUUCCUUCAUUUGAUUUGUCCCAGUUAGUAUUUGUGAGCACCGGAAAUCCCCGAUUACUUUAUUUUGUUGGAAGAAAAAGGGAAAGAUAUUUUGGCAAACGGAGUGAAAACUUGAGGCGUGUUUGCCUUGUUAACCCUUUCUCGGCAGAGACGCGAGCAGAAGGUACACAAAUGCUCUCGGCUCAGCCGGACGCCAAAGCCAAGGGUUGUGCUGGCUGCAACCGGAAGAUUAAAGACCGCUACCUGCUGAAGGCACUCGACAAAUACUGGCAUGAAGACUGCUUGAAAUGUGCCUGCUGUGACUGUCGCUUGGGCGAAGUGGGAUCCACGCUUUACACCAAAGCCAACCUUAUUUUAUGCCGCAGAGAUUACCUGAGGUUGUUUGGCGUGACGGGCAACUGCGCCGCAUGCAGCAAGCUGAUUCCCGCCUUCGAGAUGGUCAUGCGGGCCAAGGACAACGUUUAUCACCUGGACUGCUUUGCCUGUCAACUCUGCAAUCAGAGGUUUUGUGUCGGAGAUAAAUUCUUCCUCAAGAACAAUAUGAUUCUGUGCCAGACAGACUACGAGGAAGGUUUGAUGAAAGAAGGCUACGCAUCGCAAGUCCGCUGACCUCCUGAGCCCCUCCGUCAGAUUUGUUCUAAGCACUAACUUCCAUACGGUUUACUUAACAUGUAAAUAUAAAUUGAAACAGGAACUAAUAGAAAUAGACGCAUGGUACGCAGAGCUGGUGGCCAUGUUUGGAAGAAAAAUGGGAAGAAAACAGUAUAUAGUCAUUUUGUUCCUGUUCCAAGUUGAAUGUCUUAGACCUCCUGUAUAUAUUGGGCUUUGUCAUGAGGGAGAUGAAUCCCUUUUAUUCUUUGCCGCUUAUAGUUUAUAAUUUUUCUUUUAAUUUGGCAUGAGAUGUUUAUUUUGAAUGACUCUUGUACAUAGUAUAUUGUAAUAUUUGAAGCGCAAAUGUAAUACAGUUUUAUUGUGUUCACAUUUGUGUUCAUUCCUUUUGUUUCCUGGUACAGUUGCAUUUAGUACAAUCAGUGUUCAAAUUUAUUGUAUAAUUGAUUAUGCUUUCUGUAUUCUAUUAACUAUUUUAACUGAGGUGUCACUUUCUAUUAAAAUUGUCAAAACUG